UACGUUUUUGGAUGACAAGAAGCUUGACCCAUGUGAUUCCAUCUUUCUUCCACCUCACUUUCUCAAAGCUAUUCAGCAAUCCAACAUUUCCAUUAUUGUCUUCACCAAAAACUAUGCUUCUUCUAUAUGGUGCCUUCAGGAACUCUCUGAGAUUGCUGCACGUAUCCAUGAACCGUGACAUACAGUUUUUCCAAUUUUUUAUGAUGUAGAUCCAUCUGAUGUACGGGAUCAGAGUAAUUCUUUUGAAAAAGCUUUCGCCGAACAUGAACAAAGAUUCACUGAAAAUUUAAGCGAUGUCCACAAUUGGAGGUUAGCAAUGAAACGAGUUGCCAUUCGGCCUGGUUGGUAUACACCACACAACCCAUGGCAACAAACUAUUGAUGACAUUGUUAUAGAAGUGAAGAAAAAAAAUGCGAGAAUUAGUUCAUGUUGAUGUUGACAUGGUGGGGAUACAAUCUCGAGCCAAAGAAGUAAUAAAGCUUUUAGAAUUGGGUGUGAAUGAUGGGGUUCGAGUUGUGGGCAUUUGCGGCAUGGCUGGGAUUGGGAAGACAACUCUCGCCAGAGUUGUGUAUGAUAGGAUCUCUCCCAUUUUUGAUGCUUCUCAUUUCAUAUACAAAGGGAAUGAAUUUUGUAUGAGCAGUCGGCAACUACAGGGCGAGAAGAUUCUCCUAGUUCUUGAUGAUAUUAAUAUUUACGAUCUUGAACCAGUAAUUCAGACUAUAGAUGACAACAGGUUAGGCAAAGGGAGUAGAAUCAUCAUAACAACCAGAGAUGAAGGAAUCCUAAAGGGUUUUAAGAUGCAUCAUAUUUAUAGGGUUAAACCAUUGACUAAGGAGGAAGCUCGUCAAUUACUCUGUAGAAAAGCUUUUAGAAGUGAUUAUCAUGUAAGGGCUUAUGAAGAGCAAAUAAAUGGCAUACUUGAAUAUGCUAAUGGCCUUCCCUUAGCAAUCGUAGAAUUUGCCUGCUUCUUACACAGUAGAAGAACUUCAGAAUGGAGCACUAGUGCCUUCGUUGAAUACAAAGAGGUUGUUAACUCUGUGAUAAUGAAGGCCCUCAAAACAAGUUUUCUCGAACGGGGUUCUGAUUCUCAAGAAAUUUUUUUAGACAUUUCAUGUUUUUUCAUAGGGAAGGAGAUUAAAUAUGUAGAAGGAAUUUUAAGGUGUUGUGGAUAUUGGGGAGUGGAUAUACAGCUAUUGAUUGAGAAAUCACUUAUGACUAUUAUAGAUCAAAAAAUACAAAUGCAUGGUCUAAUGCAAGAAAUGGGAAGAGAAAUUGUGCGGCAACAAUCCCCUUCUAGGCCAGAAGAGUGGGAUAGAUUGUGGGAUUUUGAUGAUGUUCAUCGUGUUAUACAAAAUGACAAGGUUACUCCCAAAGUUAAAGCUAUAGUCUUGGAUCUAGAAGAUUCACAAGGGAGGACAUUAAAUGCUGAAGCUUUAUCACUCAUGAGCAACCUUAAACUGCUCAUAUUUCAUAAUGUGAAAUUUACUGGAGUCCUAACAGAUCUUUCAUAUCGGCUCUGCUAUCUUUCAUGGCACCAAUAUCCUUUUACUUGUUUGCCGUCAAAUUAUCGCCCAUAUCAGCUUUGGGAAUUGAAUUUGACUGAUAGCUGCAUCACAAGUAUAUGGGAUAGUUGCAUCACGAGUGAAGGGGAUAGCUGCAUCCCGAGUGAAUGGGAUGAAUGGGAUAGCUGGGACUUGGAUCCAUACCGAGAAAGAAAGGUUUUCCGAUGUUUGAGAAACAUGAAUCUUAAUGGCUCCAAAGAUCUAACCGAGAUGCCAAGUUUCUUUAAAUUUCCAAGUCUUGAGAGGCUAGACCUUGAAGGAUGCAUUAAAUUAUCACAACUUGAUGCAUCCAUUGCUACUGAUCGUUCAGAGCUCAAGUUCUUAAAUUUGAGAAAUUGCAUUAAUCUUGUUAGUAUUCCCAAUAAGUUAUUUUCUCUAUCCUCUUUAGAAAUGCUAAAUUUAGCUGGUUGUUCCAACUUUGCUAGUUGUCUUAACUUUUCUCCUUUUGAAGAGGAGGAUGGUGAGAGAAAAACUACUCGUGAAUUAUUUUCUCGAAACAGAGAUGGAAGCAAUGUAAAAACAAAUCUAUUUAAGUGCACUAUUUGUUAAUUAGAAAUAUAAUUCUGUAUCAUUAAUUAAUCAUAUUUAUUUUUCCUAUGUAUAUCCUCUCUCUUACUUUCUCAACU